AUGUCUAUAUCCGGUGGUGCAAGUAGUACCUCAUCAGCAGCUAUAACAGAUUGCGACGAACUGGGUAUUGUAGUGGCGGAAGAAGCGGAGCUCGUAAGAGAACGCAUUUUUUGGGGACUGGAUAGUGCGUAUAAAAGGCAGAUAUAUAAGGCAGCGAUUACAGGGGAUUGGAGUAAAGCUUUAAGAUAUAAUAUAACUGAUCCUACUCGGCUCUGUUCUGUUUUGACUAAGCAAGGAGACACAGCUCUUCACAUUGCAGUGAGCAUGGAACAAACCAGCUUUGUAGAAAACUUAAUAGAUCAUAUCAGUCUGGAAGACAUGCAAAUUCGCAAGGUAGAUGGCAACACUGCCUUUUCUAUGGCUGCCAUUUCAGGAAACCUGCAAAUUGCUAAAUUACUACUUCACAAGAAUCCAGGAUUGGUUUGGAUUAAAGGACACAAAAACAUGCUUCCAAUUGAAUUGGCAUGUUGGGCUAAUCAGCCUCUUAUGGUGAAUUAUUUGUUUGAAAAUACUCGACUGGAUUAUUUGAACCGUCAGUUAUUAUCCAUUGAAGAAGACAUUGUUAGGGUGUUUUUCUUGGCUCUUACCACCAGCAAUUAUACCUCGGAGGGUGAUGAUGUUGGAUAUAGAGACAUUGUGCGUAUGGUAUUUGAGCAUAUGGAAGGGGAAGAGUUUGAGUGUGCAAGAAUUUCAAAAGCAAUGUUUGAUGCAGCAAAAUUAGGAAACGACAUAAUUUUAGAAUUUAUGUUUGGAUACAAUGCAAAUUUGUUGAUGGAAGUGAAUUCAAAGGGGCAAAGCUUACUUCACAUAGCCAUUCUAAAUCGACGAGUAACUACAUACCAACUAAUAUUGAGCAAGGGUGCAUACACCAAUGCUAUUCUGCAAUUCCUUGAUUUUAAGGGAAACAAUAUUCUUCACUAUGCUGGAAAGCUUUCAGCUGCAGAAAGAUUUGGAACACCUUGUCAUUCUCUACUUCUCAGUGAGGAACGAUGGUUUCAGGAAGUGGCAAGCAUAGUUCCAGGUGCAUUUAAAAGCAUGAAAAAUGUGAAAGGACGAACUCCAGAGGAAAUAUUUUAUAAGAAACACAAAGAGCUUCAUGAAAGAGCUAUGUCAGAACAGAAUGAAACAGCAAACAAUUUUAUGAUUAUGGGAACUCUUGUUACCACAUUGGCUGUAACUGCUGCUCUCACUAUUCGGACCAACACUGUUCAAGGACCAACUCCUGUCUUUAAAGAGACCACAUGGUACAUAUUAUUCCUUCUAUCAGUCGUUGUUGUAACAACCGUCCUUGUUCUUUCAAUGCUCUUCUUCACUUCAGUUAUACACAGCCCACGCAAGCAGAAAAUGUUUGACCAGGUCAAUGCUCGUCAUCGGAAGAUUGCAAUAGGGUGUUUGCUUCUUUUUCUUUCUAUAAUCACCAUUACUUUCACUGCUCUUUGUUCUGCUGUUUUAAUCUUCUCUUUCUUCCCCAAAUGGAUCUUCAUUUUCAUAAUUGCACUUUCUUCUGUGCCAUUGGUCUUCUGUGGUAAGAUCUAUGGUUUUGCUACCUCAAUAAGUCUUUUGGUACAUAAGAAUGAUCUUUUCUGA